GCCGCCCCUGAGCCCGGCCAUGGUGCAGGCCUGGUACAUGGACAAGUCGGCCGACGACCCGCGGCGGCCCCACCGCGGGGAGCCCGCGCGCCCGGUCGGCCUGGAGCAGCUGCGCGGGCUCGGGGUCCUUUACUGGAAGUUGGAUGCUGACAAAUAUGAGAAUGAUCCAGAAUUAGAAAAGAUCCGAAAAGAGAGAAACUACUCCUGGAUGGACGUAAUAACCAUAUGCAAAGACAAACUACCAACUUACGAAGAAAAGAUUAAGAUGUUUUAUGAGGAGCAUUUACAACUGGAUGAUGAGAUUCGCUACAUCCUGGACGGCAGUGGGUACUUCGACGUAAGGGAUAAAGAGGACAGGUGGAUCCGGAUCUUCAUGGAGAAGGGAGACAUGAUCACUCUCCCCGCCGGGAUAUACCACCGCUUCACGCUGGACGAGAAGAACUACGUGAAGGCCAUGCGGCUGUUUGUGGGAGACCCAGUGUGGAUGGCGUACAACCGGCCGGCUGACCACUUCGAGGCCCGCGGGCAGUACCUAGAGUUUCUGGCACAGACGGCCUAGAGGUGCCCUGGGGCCUGGCGCACCCCGGCCCCCCUUGUGAAGGUCCCAGACCUGAUGGCAGCAGAAAAUCAGUCGCAUUCUCUUUGCUUUUGUGUUGUAGACUUGAGGGUAGGUGAGAUUUCCUCUGCAAGAUUGUUGGAUCAGAAUAGGUUUUAAUGGGAGCAGCUGUAGAACCGGUUUGUACGUGGAAGCACCUGUGGAGAUCUGGGCAAAUCCGCUCAUUUUCUCUGAUUCAGGAUCAGUGGUCAGUGGCCCUGUGUCAGCUCGUGCCUUCAGCUGUGACCCAGUGAGUUUCAGCGCCCCAAACACAGCCACUUAGCUGCCCCAUCUGGACCCGAUUCUUGGACUUUAAGCAGAUAUCAGGCGAGGCCACGCCUGCCCUGUGCAGAGGAGUGACAGUGGAUGACAGGAGUGGGCAGAGAGAAGAUGUUUUUCUCCCAAAACACGGGGGAGACUGGGUAGGGGGUGCUGUGGGGGACGAGCUGGCGUGUUAGGGGGGCCCUCGCUUAUGCCAUGUUCUUGUUCAAGAUAAAGUAGCUGCCCUAAUGUUAGGCUUGUGGCUUGGAGUUACCUUAUAUUCUGGUACAUAUGGUUCCUUAAAAUCAUCCCAUUUAGAUCCUUUGUGGGAUUGUAUGUGUGUAUAAUUAAUUUUUAUUUUAUCUGGGUUAUUACUUGUUCCAGGUGAGAUUUCUAGGUUAAACUCUGUACAGUAAAUCUCUUUUACAGUCAAGCCUUUGAAUUUUAACAGAAAAACUUGUACCUUUUUUUUUUAGUUAACAAUUCUGAGAUACAAUUAUACCUAAUUCGUUAUAAUCAUAGAAAACCCCUAAAUUAGCCUCA